AUGGAUGGUGAACCGCUUGAUGAAGUACAAUGGCGUGCGCCUGAAUGGGUCCAGGCAUUUGGUGGUCUACGGAAUGAUAAUGUACUAGAGUACUUUGCACAAUCGCCUUUUUACGACCGUUCAUCCAAUAACCAAGUUCUCAAAAUGCAAUCGCAGUUUAAUGAGAACCUCCAUGGUCGUCACGAUCUUUAUCAAGAAUUACAAAACAUGAAGGGUGUGGAAUUUGUUGUAGCGCUUGACAGAGAACCUGAAAUGUGGAUCAUUCGUAAACAAAACAGAUUGAGUCCGCAAGAAGUCCGGUUGUUAGCAACAUAUUUUGUCAUCAAUGAAAAUAUAUUUAUGGCACCUUCUAUUUACUCAGUGGUCUCUUCUCGUCUACUUAGUACUGCUCACUCACUAAGCAAACUGCUAAUCAAAGCAGCCACUCUUCCUACAUACUCGCCAUCCCAGGGAUAUUCAUACAUAACUGAAAGCAGUUUGUCGGUGUCAGAGGACUCCCCCACGCCAGCAGCAUCAAUCAAUAAUUCUAACCCUCGAGUAAAAGGACGCACACCAGCUCCUGAAACCAACUAUUCAUCUCCCAUGGCGAGUUUAACACCCGGUGGCCCUCCUACUGCCAUUGGAAGCAAUGUUCCAGGCGAUGACCGUGCUGCUGAUCGCGCAAUUGAGAGAGCUCUUCUUUUCACUCUCCAUAACUCGAGCCUCUAUCUUGACGGUGAUAACAACAUUAACAACUCUGUCAGCACAGAAGCUGCUACUCAGUUAGGUACAACAGCUGAUGUCAAAGCGAAGGCGGCGGCAAACCAGCGCCGUCGUCGAAAGACCAUAACUGCCAACGACUGA